CCCCCAUUCCCUGCAACUCUGAGCCCCUCCACCUCUCUCUUUUCCCUUUCUCUUGAAAACGAUGACGUAAUCAUCUUGGUCUUCGGAAACUGGGAAAUAAAGUUCGAAUCUGGAAGAUCCUGCCGGUUUCCUUCUUGUUACCAAUUCCUAGAAUCUAGGGUUUACUUCCUCUGUAUGUGGGAAGAAGGAUGACACUGGAAGUGAUGGUGGACUUGAUGGAGUGAGUGAAGUGGGAGUGAAAGGAAGAAAGGGAGGUGAGAUGGGGGCGGGGUGUAGCAAGGUGGAGGACUCAGUUUGCGGCCGAAGGAAAAGCACGGUGUUCCAAUCCUGUUUGAAAGGCUUCUCCUGCUCUGCACAUAGCUUUCAUGGUCGGGAUCAGAGAAAAGAAAGAUGCGGGAUACGUUGGAGACCAUUCAGGCGUCACGCCAAAAGGCAACCAGAUGGGGUUAAAUGUCAUAGCUGUGUAAAAGGUGAUGGCUUGAGAAGUAUUCCAACAACUGAGAUCAACUCUGGUGUAGGAUUUGAUGGAUGGGUUCAAGAAAAUGCACCAUCAACUGAGUUCGUUGAUGAAAGCAACUCUGGACGAUUUCCGAGUACUACUGAACCAUUGGCAUCCUCAAACCGCUUGAGCCGUCGUUUGAAUGUGAUCCCUGACCAUGGUCGCGCCGUAUUGAACAAAGAGACAAGCCCUGGCUCCUCUGAGGCUUGCUCAGUUUUGUCCAAUGGUCCUGAAAUUUCAAGCUCUUUUGCAGCUUGUAGAGAAGGUGGUUUGGAAUCUGAGAGUGGCGUUCUUCCAAACGAUAACUCAUGCUCCUUAUCUACAUUUCCUUUGGUGGAGCCAUCAAAUGGUGUUUUUCGAGAUGUAGAUUCUUCUUGUGCCGAACCGCAAUUUGCCAAUUCUGCUUCUGUAGUUCAGGAGCGGGGUCCGGUUUUGGCUACUGCCCAGGAUAGAGAAGGUCACGGUUCUAUUGGAUUGUCUGAAACUUCUAGAAGUGGGUCUUCCUUGGGCCAUCUUGGAACAACUAGUGGUGAACAAAGGCGCCCCUGCAGAAGGACAGGGACUCUGGAAGCUGCCGGGGACGGCAUACAGUUUGGCCGGACAUUGAGUGUUGGCAGACUUCGUGAUAGAGUUCUGCGAAGAAAUGCAUCAUCCAGGGGUUCAUUCAAUCAUGUAGCGAAUGAUGAUAUGUCUAGGGAUGUUAGACAAGGUACUGUAAGACAGAUUUUGGACCAUGCAACUGAAGAAAUCAUCAAUCAAAGGGCUGAAAAUCCUCAAACGUCCUCCAAUUAUAAUGUUAUUAAUGCUGAUAGUUCUGUUCGAUCCAUUAACAACGGCCACCAAUUCAGGUUGAAUAAUCAACAAGCAGGUGCAGAUGCUAAUAAUAAUACUCCUCCGUUGCAUAGAUCUACAUUUAUUGAACGAAGACAGAGAGUGAGGUCUCAGGUUCAUGCUCUUCAGCGUUUGGGUAGCCGUUUUGAGAAUUUAGUCGGCCAUGAUAGGUCUUGCAUCUUAUCUGGCCAUUAUCGCAGUGGCCGUUGUCGGUGCCGAACUGGUACUCGGGCAGAGAAUAGUGAAGACGAACCAAGCACUAGAACAAGUAUAUCAAGAAUCGUUAUGUUGGCAGAAGCAUUAUUUGAAGUUCUGGAUGAAAUUCACCAGCAGUCGGUGGUCUCAUCUUCUCGCCCUUCUGUCUCCUCUUUUGGGUCCGUGCCUGCUCCAAAGGAGGACGUAGAACGUCUACCUCUAAAACUGUAUACUAGAUCUGGCAUUAAGAAUGAAGAAGCUGCCCAAUGCCACAUUUGUCUUGUGGAAUAUGAGGAAGGUGAUUGGAUGAGAAUUCUCCGCUGCCAGCAUGAGUUCCACCAAUCAUGUGUAGACAAGUGGUUGAAAGAAGUUCACAGGGUGUGCCCGCUUUGCCGAACAAAUGUUUGUUUGUCUGAUUCUUUGCCAUUGGAGUGAGUCGAUUCAAAUGCAAGCAGAUAGUGGCUAGUUUCCUUUGUAUCCUCAUCUGUAUAUCUGUUUACCAAUAAUGCAAACAGAUAAUGGCCAGGUUCCCAUAUUUUUUUAUACUGAUUUAAUUUGUUAUGAGCAUUGUCUUCUCCAUAAUGGAUGAGCUGCUUCUUCUGUUGA